CAACCAUAACGCGGAAGAUUUUUUUUUUCUUUUCAGGGUCCGCGUGACACUGACGUCAUGUGGAAUGUGAACGACAAAAAAAACUUAAUGAGAAAACAAUAAGUGGCCUAAAAACAAGCCAAGGGACACCGAAGCUGGAGAAAAAUGCUCCGUCUGCUCUGCUGUUGCUGCGUCUCAAGCGACAACCUCAGCGAGAGGCAGCCUCUGUUGCAGCCUGGAUCUCCAUCUGAAGUGAAUGAAGCUAAAUCAGCCAGACAGGCGCCCUCAGCUGACAAUGAUGCACAGACUGUGAAAAGGAUUGGGAAGCUGCUGAUGAGACGACUGAAUGUGCCAGAGUUGGAUCUGAGUUUUACCGAGAUGGCAGAGACGUUCAAUGAGCAGCAAAAAAGCUAUGAAGCCAUGGUUGAACACAUCAGAAAGCUGACACAGAUCUGUGACAGCACGAAUGUUGAUAACCUGGCCUUUGCUGAAUGCAUAAGGAAGAUUAGGAAGGAGCAGGAGACUACAUACAGGGUGUAUUUGAAGAUGAAGGGCUAUGACUUCUCCCUCACAUUGGAUCCUGUGGGCCCAGAGGGAGACACUGAGGAUGAACCAUUGCCUCUAAGUCUGCAGUCGGCACAGAAUGAAGUCGGGGGCAUUUCUGACAGCGCUAAAGCCACCAUUUCUAAGGGUACAACGCUUCUGCGGCUUAUCGACUGGCUGCUCCAGAGCCACAUUCAAAUGGCUGAGCAAGUGAAGGGGGCAGCAGAAACCUACCAAGAACAAGGACGACUGAAUAACAACCUGGAGGAGAACAUGAAGGAAGUUAGGAGGGCAAAGGAGUUAUCGCAGAGUUACAGGCAACAGGUUGAGGAAGUUUACUCUGAGGCUGCACAAAUAGCAGGGAUAGACAUGUAAUUCCUGCUGCUUUUAAAUUGUUAAUUUACACCUAAAAAGAUCACAUAUAUCUGUUUGAUUUAUAUUAUCUGCUACAGUUGAACUACAAAUUUUAUAAAUGUUCUGCCUUUACAACUUUUGUGCAAUGCGUGCUGCAAGAUCUGGAAAUCUUACAUUUAAAAUUAUCUUUUAAAUGUUUAUACAGCAGAAAAGCAAACAAACAAAAAACUAGUGUGUGGGUAUAGAUGUGCAUAAGGACUGAGACAGCAAAACACAUUGCAUGACUGUUUUUAAAAGGUUGCAGUGGCCAAGUGACCAAAUUUAUUAUUGGCAAACAGAAUUUUAAUCUGCCCAUCUCCUGCAGAUUUUGGGCAAGAGGCAGGGGAUGCCUCAGACAUGGGAAAAUGCAGAAAUAUAUUCAUUCAUUUAGUUUGUGAUUAUAUUCUUUUUUCUAUCUACCCUUGGUAGAUUGUUUUAUGUUUCUUUGAUGUAGUUACUACAUUAUAAUGAAACCUGGGGCCCACAGAUUUUUUGGACCACAUAUUUUAUGCUUAGUGGAAAUCUUCGGUAACCUGUCUUGUGUUUAAUUUUCCUAAGUAUAUGUAAGUAUGAACUAACAGAGGGGGGCAGCAGAGAGUCUGUCCUGUUGGGCUUUGUCGCAUUUUUUAGACCUUACUGGCAGAACCUGUAGUAAACAGUCGAAAAAUGUUUUUUUUAAAUCCAGGUAUUUUAUAAUAAAUAUGCGGAUAUUUC